GAAGUGAGCAUUAGGGGUGUGUGUUUAGUAGAGAGAGAAUUACCAGCCUCCAGUAUUAAACAUCAGUGAGAGGAGGAGGAGUCUCAGCUCAUACCUGCAACUGCCACAUUCCUGAGCCACAGAAGCACUAGCGGGCAGCCAGGGGGGCCACAGAUAAGUAAUGAGCUGCUCAUAGACUCCUCAUCGGAGGUCCCAGGAUGUCGCUGGACCACGCCAACCGAGCUAAGGGGGGCACAUUUAACUGGCCAGAUGGACCAAUGGAUGCUCCCCCAGAAGUGGAGAUCAGUAAGGAAGAGAUGAGAAUCCUGAAAGUGUGCUUCCAUAGCAACAGCUCCAACCUGGUCAAGAACUUCAAGCUGGUGAAAUGCAGUAUCUACACAGAUAUACAGGAGAUCAUCAGCUCAAUAUUACUGAGUGGUCGUAUAGGGCCAGACAUCAUACAUGUUGAGUGUUACGGUCUACGCCUAAAGCAUCUGAAAUCCGAUGAGAUCCAUUGGUUGCACCCUGACCUCACUGUAGGAGAAGUCCAGGAGAAGUAUGAGUAUCUCCAUCUGGAGGCUGAGUGGAGGUAUGACCUGCGGAUACGAUACCUGCCUGAGGACUUCUAUGAAAGUUUUAGAAAGGAUAAAACUACAUUAUUAUAUUUCUAUCAGCAGCUCAGAAAUGACUACAUGCAACAAUAUGCGACGAAAGUGAGUGAAGGCAUGGCCUUGCAGCUGGGAUGCCUGGAACUCAGGAGGUUUUAUAAAGACAUGCCCCAGAAUGCUCUUGAGAAGAAAUCCAACUUUGAAUUUUUAGAGAAGGAAGUGGGACUGGAUUUGUUUUUCCCCAAACAGAUGCAGGAGAGUUUAAAGCCCAAGCAAUUCCGCAAGAUGAUCCAGCAGACAUUCCAGCAAUACGGAUCCCUCAAGGAAGAGGAAUGUAUCACGCGCUUUAUGAACACCCUCUCCACUUUCACCUCCAUCGAUCAGGAAACCUACAGAUGUGAAUUAGCUCAAGGAUGGAGCAUCACUGUUGACUUGGUCAUUGGCCCCAAAGGCAUUCGGCAGCUGAAUACCAAGGACUCCAAGCCGACUUGCUUUGCUGAAUUCAAGCAGAUAAAGUCCAUCAAGUGUUCGUUAUUAGAAGACGGCCGGGCCUUGCUGUUAUUAGGAAUAUCGGGUGCCCCACAGCCUUUAGCCAUAAAAACGUCGUCGUUGGCCGUGGCGGAAAACAUGGCCGACCUGAUCGAUGGUUACUGCCGGCUGCAAAACGAGUCGAAAGAGACGCUCAUCUUCAACCCCAAGAAAGAUAAUGAAAAAAGGAUCAGCCUGCCUCAGAUCCCAACUGAGGAAAUGCAAGUGCGGAGAUCCAGACUAACAGAGGGGCACAGUAUGGAGUCCGACAUAUACGCGGAGAUUACAGAGGAGGAGACAAAGCUUUCAAAUAACCGUUUCACCAUCAGUCGAAGUGAUGUGGCGCUGGGGAGGAUCCUGGGAGAAGGCUUUUUCGGGGAAGUGUAUGACGGCGUCUAUAUGAAUCCGAAGGGAGAGAAGAUCAACGUGGCGGUGAAGACCUGUAAGAAUGACUGCGCGGCCGACGUCAAGGAGAAGUUCAUGAGUGAAGCGUAUCUGAUGAGGAAUUUGGACCACCCGCACAUAGUCAGGCUUAUUGGAAUUAUUGAAGACGACCCAAUAUGGAUUGUGAUGGAGCUGUACCCGUAUGGAGAGCUUGGGCAGUACCUAGAGAAACACAAGAACUCCCUGCAGGCUCUCAGCCUGAUCCUCUACUCACUACAGAUCUGCAAAGCCCUCGCCUACUUAGAGGGAAUAAACUGUGUCCACAGGGACAUUGCAGUCCGGAACAUCCUGGUGGCUUCUCAUGAGUGUGUGAAACUGGGAGACUUUGGCCUUUCUCGGUACCUAGAGGAAGAAGAGUAUUAUAAAGCUUCAGUCACCCGUCUCCCAAUCAAGUGGAUGGCUCCAGAGUCCAUCAAUUUCCGACGGUUUACGUCAGCCAGCGAUGUCUGGAUGUUUGGGGUCUGCAUGUGGGAGAUACUCUCGUUUGGGAAGCAGCCAUUUUUCUGGUUGGAGAACAAAGACGUGAUCAGCGUCAUUGAGAAAGGAGAUCGUCUUCCGAAACCUGAAAUGUGCCCACCGACCCUCUACACCCUGAUGACCCGAUGCUGGACUUAUGACCCUUUUGAGAGGCCCAGAUUUAAUGAGCUUGUUUGUAGCCUCAGUGAUAUCUAUCAGACAGAGAAAGAGAUCAUCAAAGAUAAGGAGAGGAACAACCGUCAACGGCCUCCUAAAAUCAUUGAACCUCCACCCAUGCAAGAACCUCCCCCAAAGCCUAGUCGGCCUAAAUACAAGGCAGCUGCCCCCGGAAAUCUGCUGGCACCUAAACUACUGACUCAGGUGCCAGAGAGUCUAUGUGCAAGCUCUCCUACUCUCUGUAGUCCAACAGAGUAUCAGUCUCCACUGGAUUCCUCACACAGCCCACCACUCCUGCGCCAUAGUACCUUCAAACGCCGCAGCAUGAGGGAAGAGGACUUUGUAAAGCCAAACAGCAAAGAGGAAGCUCAGAAAUUAUGGGAAAAGGAACGGGAUAAAAUGCUCCAAGUCUUAAACCGACAGCAACAACAGAUGGAGGAGGACGGCAAGUGGUUAAAGCAGGAGGAGAGAUCACUUGUCAAUACUCUCAAGGAUUCAAAGCAAAAAACAAAUAACAACAAGCCUCCUGAUACGCUUCCAGAAAAAGAACUAGCGUACACUGAAUUCACAGUCCCCCCACCACAGAAGCCUCCCAGGUUAGGAGCACAGUCUCUACAGCCUGCGCCUACAGCCAACAUUGACCGGACAGACGACAGUGUGUAUCAGGGUGUGAUGGAGCUGGUGAAGGCAGUGCUGCAACUCAAGAAUGAUGUCUACCAGCUGCCCCCGGAAGGAUACGUGGCAGUUGUGAAGAACGUGGGGCUGACACUUAGGAAACUCAUUGGAAGUGUCGAUGAAAUCCUUCCUUCUCUCCCACAGAAUUCCCGCACUGAGAUCGAGGGGACGCAGAAGCUUCUGAGCAAGGACCUGGCAGAUCUCAUCAACAAGAUGCGACUUGCCCAACAGAAUUCGGUGACGUCCCUGAGCGAGGAGUGCAAGAAGCAGAUGCUGACAGCGUCACACGCAAUGGCUGUAGAUGCCAAAAAUUUACUGGAUGCAGUGGACCAGGCGCGGGUCAGGGCCAAUUUGGCCAAGGUGGCCACCGAAUGACACAACUCUCACUGUCCUAAAGACACUCGGGUGUCCCUUCCUGGUGUUCCCAUGAAUUCUUCCCAACAGCUUGUGACAUCCUCUGCUGCUAUCUGAAUGGGACCCCUGUGUAGACUGCAGAGCAAUGAGCAGUUUGGAGACGUCACAAUGGCUUGUGCUGUAUCAGUCUCUCAGGCAACAUUGUUACACAAAAGGAACCUGAUCACUGGAAGCUUUGAUCCUACUUUUAGCUGAAUAUUUCAAGUACAUUUCUCAUGAUUGUGCACAAGCGGUUUACAGCGAGGAUGGAGACAACCUAAUGGGAUCUCGCCCACUUCAGUUUUCCACAAUAAUAAUGAGAAGUGGUGACACUUGCUGCAUCUGGUGUGACACUUGGUGAGAUGUGACACUUGCUGCAUCUGUCACUAACAGGGAUAGUCUAUGUUGGGAUUUCAGAUAAAAGUAAGAAAUCACUGGCACAACUUGCUCAUUUAUUGCGGAUGCAUCCUUCAUUGAGCACCUGGGAUUCGUACAGAUCGGGAAGGCCAGGGUGUGCGAGGGUAAUUUCUUCUCUAUUUCCCUGGGAUUUCAGAUAACUCUGGCUACAUACAGUAUGUAAGUUACAGCCAAAAUGAAUGGCCAUGUGAUAUCUCAGACAACUCUGACAGCUACAGAAAUAACCAGAGAUAUCCCACAAUUAUAUCUAAGGUUACAGGGACAGGCCAAGAUUCGAUUUCACAUAACUCUGGCUGUAUCUGUGUGUGACUGUCGGGGUCGGACUGGGACACUGGGAAAUAACCCCGGUGGCCCCCAGACUAGAGUCCUGCAGCGAGUCGGGUACCCGCGGGUUACCCGCAAAUACCUGUGGUACCCCGCGGGUUGCAGGUAAAAGUUCUGGGUGCGGGUCGGCGGGUCUGCAGGUUUGCAGGUUGCGGCGCCGAUCUUCUAAAUAUCGAUUUUUACUCCUUUUUUCUAGGGAUGCACCGAAUCCAGGAUUCGGUUCGGGAUUCGGCCUUUUUCAGCAGGAUUCGGCCGAAUCCUAAUUUGCAUAUGCAAAUUAGGGGAU